UUCCCACCUUCUACACUUGUUUUCUCUUUGUGUCCUUUCAUUUCCAAAAUUUUCUCUCCGAUUAAAAUUUUAUCAUUUUCCGACCAUCUCUCCGGCCAAAUCCUGCCGGAAAACUCUAACUUUUAAGUGACUUUUGUUCAUGUAGACUUCGAAAUCAAGGAUUGCUAUUACUUGUCAGCGAAUUGAAGCAAUAGAAGGAAAGAUGAUGCAACACAAGAGAAGUCCAAUUUCCCUCGAGCAUAGCACCAGCCUCACAUCUCUUACACCAAAACGACUAAAGGCCGAUAUGCCCAUUUCCUCUAAGGAGAAGAAGGAGAAGUUUGGUGAACGAAUAGUCGCUCUUCAACAGCUGGUGUCACCAUAUGGCAAGACAGAUACUGCUUCUGUUCUCCUUGAAGCAAUGGGAUACAUAAAAUUCCUCCAUGAACAAGUGAAGGUGUUGAGUGCACCAUACCUCGGAGGUAUGCCAAUGUCGAAGACACAGGAAUCACAGCCUUACAAUUUGAGAAGCCAAGGCUUAUGUCUUGUGCCAGUAUCAUAUACCAUUGGAGUGGCAAACAGCAAUGGUGCUGAUAUUUGGGCUCCCAUUAAGACCUCACAAAAGUUCUAGUCUAGACAACGACGUGUGAUUUCACCAUCACUUACGUCCAUGGUAAGGUCUUCGAUUGACAAUAAUACAACCAGCGUUUCAAAAAAAGCAGCCGAAAGGAUGCAUUUUCAACAUGGAGAUGCAGGUAUGUGAUGAUUCUCCUGGCAAGGUCCACUUGAUUUUUUGUGGUUCAAACGUCUAAGGAGAACGUAGAGCUUGUUCUUCUGAUAAAUACUAGUAGCCAGAUCUAAUUUAAGGGCUAAUAUAUAAAGAUUGCCUGAGUUGUGUCUAGGUUUUUAACAGAAAUGUAUAUUGAAGAAAGAAAUAUUAUGUAGUGAGUGAUCUUUGAUGCAAAUGUAUCAAAGAUGGACUUGUAUUAUAUGAGAAGCAAUGGAAGCUCUUGAAUAACUUGUUUGAUUCAGAAAGACUUG